AUGGAUAACUUGAAUGUUUUCGCUAAUGAAGACAAUCAAGUGAAUGGUUUGAAGCGUCCACCCCCGUCACGAGUGUGUCCAAGGUGUGAUUCUGAUAACACUAAGUUUUGCUUUUACAACAACUACAGUGAAUCUCAACCGCGCUACUUUUGCAAAAACUGUCGUAGAUAUUGGACUCAUGGUGGAGCUUUAAGAAACAUACCAGUUGGUGGAAGUUGUCGUAAACCAAAGCGUCUGAAGGUAGAUCAAUCUUCGAUUUCUGAGAUGGUUUCUGUUGAGAACCAACCAAUUAAUCAUCAAUCUUUCAGACAAACUCAAGAAAACAAUGAGUUUGUUCGAUCUUUUGACGCUUCUUCUUCUGCUACUGUUACUGCCGUUCCGAACCAUUUUGGUUAUCUAAGUGAACUUCAUGGUGUAACAAAUUUGCUUCCAAUUCAAAGUUUUCGAACAAUGGACUGCUUAGAUUUCGGUGAUGAAUCUUUUCAACAAGGUUAUUACGAUGUUGGAUCCAAUGAUUUGAUUGAUAACCCUUUGAUAAACCAAUCCAUCGGUGGGUAUGUUGAUAAUCUUACAAGUUAUUGCAUAAAUCAAGUGGAACCAAAGCUUCAACCACGCUAUGAACAUGAAUCAUAA